ACCAGUUCAUUUCUGUACACAGUCAUCGAGCAUUUCGAUUAAACAAACACAAAACAGUCAAUAAAAUGGCCGCUAAGUUGAUCAUCUUCGCCGCAUGCGUGGUUUCUGCCAUCGCCCAAUACCCCGCCCCAGCCUACAAGCCCGCUUACCCCGCCGCUUACCCAGCACCCGCUUACUCCGCACCAAAGGCUUACGCCCCAGAGCCCGCCUACGCCCCAGCCCCGUACAACUUCGAAUACAGCGUAAACGACCCACACACCUACGACGUCAAGAGCCAAUCCGAAUACGCUGACGGCAACGGUUACGUCAAAGGAUCUUACAGCCUUUUGGAAGCCGACGGUUCCACCCGCGUCGUCGAAUACACCGCCGAUGACUAUAACGGUUUCAACGCCGAAGUCAAGAAAAUCGACGGAGGAUACAAGGCCCCAUACAGCGCACCAGCCUACAAGCCCGCCUACCCAGCUGCACCAGCUUACCCAGCACCAGCCUACCCAGCACCGGCCUACAAGCCAGCCCCAUACAAGCCAGCUUAUUAAUUCGUCCUCAAACGAUGAUGAUGACGGUGAUAAUAAUAAUAAUUAUUAUCGUUCGUAACCAUAUUAUCAUUAUAGAACAUAAUGCUAUAAUAUUAUCGUUGUUCCGUCUCCUUCCGACUGUCCCUAAUCAGCUGUUACACGGUUCCACUGUCCUGGAGUCCGCUCACCAGUUGUUUGUACUAUUAUCAUUGAUUCAUUUGUUUUUGUUUAAAUGAUUGUGUACAUUACUGUGUAAAUAAAUCAUUCAUCAUAUUCACAAAAAAA